UCGAUGCUCGUCGCCAUGGCCGGCCAUCAUCUUGGCGGCCAUGGGUAAGCUACGCCGACGGCCCCACGAGUCACGACUCCAACCUGGGUAAGCAAAGUGGCUGGGACCCAUGUUAGCCUUCAGGUACGUCGAGUCAGAUUGUGGCAGAAGUGAGCACUGAGUGAGCACCUGCUAAUUGGGGGCGCUAGAAGGACGGCUCCUCAUGGGAGCCCUAAAUGCAGAACCCAAAUCCAAGUGUUGCUAGAUUGCCCCUGAAUUUGGAUCUAUGGGUGAACGUAACACCCCUAUAUGUGGAAGCCAGCUUCGCACGCAGAGUGUCGGAGUAAAGGAAAUGUCACUUGUAUCGUGAAGGGGCAAAGCAGGCUUCUGUCGCGAUGGACACUCUUUUUGAACAACUGGAGAUGGCAAUGAAGGAUUCGGGAAUGGGCUCUGAAGUUGACCCAGGCGCUCAAUCCGGGUUAACUGUUCAAAUGGAGGACCGAUGCCUUGAUGGGCUACCUUCUUCCCAGCAUGAUCCGAGGGGUCCCAUCCCUGUUGUCAAAAAGAAGCCAAAUAGGGGUGUCCGGACUGCAGCCAAGUCCAUCUAUCAGGGUUUUCUGAAGGCCCACGUCUGUAAGCUUGCAGGGGAGAAGCUGGGGCCGGCCGAUCUUGAUAAGGGGCUCAAAGCGCUGCAAAAACACAUAGGUCAAGCCUCCGCGCGCUGCGGGUCUGGCCCUUGCAGACAACUGCGGGGGAGAUGGAGUUGGCCAGAGGAUGCUGACAUGAAGAAUCCACACAAUAGAUCCAAACCUUUCAUAAAGGCUUUUGAAAAGAAUUACAGAAUGCCGACGGAGAUGACAGAGAACAACCUUAUUGAUUCCUUCCUGGAGCAGCUGCAAGCUGAUUGCGACUGCUCCGAGUUGAGCGCACCGGAUUUUGGCGUACUGCUGUCAAGGCCAGGCACAGAUGCAGGCGCUACUGGAACUCGGGGAACUUUCAACGGGACUGCCCAGCAGGAGCCCCAGAACUCUCACCUGCGAUCCCUUGCCGAGGUACUCUUCUCGGAUAACACGUCAGGCGAGUUGAGCCAGGGCGAUCAAGAAGAAGAGGCUGGGCAGGAAAACCUGCUGGGACGCUUUCCUAACGCCCCAUUAUUGAUAGGGGAGGUCAAUAGUACGCAAGUCCGAAGAUCAAGGACCAGAGGAGUGCCCCGCGAAAACACAGCAGGGGGGGCAGCUCAGGAUACCCCUAACCCAGCAGGCCAAAUGGUGGAGGCACCCCGGGCUUGCGCUGUCAGUGGCUUUAGGAGCACGGCAGAAUGGAGCCGAGCCCAUCUCCAGGGGGAUGCCCUUGACAGCAAUCUGAAGCGGAUAGUGGAAAUACUGGUCAAAGAAGCAGCACCGCGUGAGCGGCUAAGGAUUCAAUCCCUGUUCAUCCAGCUCAGCGGUAUUGCAGGGCCGGAUAGCAAGCGCGACUUCGCAGGCCACAUCUUGCAUCACACUGACCGCAAGUGGAACCCCGAGGAACAAAGGAUCGAACAUGGGGCGGCUCCAUCGAGGCGCCUUCUGGGGGUUGACGAUGCCGACCUGGACUCCGUGAUCUCUUGGAGCUUGGUCCAUUGCAGAGGCAACAGGGACGCACUUCACGUACUGGAGCAUCAGCUCCAAAGGCCAGUUGGACCAGCACAGUGCAUCCUCUAUUCUGUUGGGUGCGGCGUCAUCGAUGCUCUGCGCGGUCCUUUGGGAAACAUUGGCGGAUCGCCUGGAGGCGGCCCAGGCGGAGGUGGGGGGACAGACAGUGGGGGGAACGGGGAACUGCCGCCUGGGGGUGACAGGCCCGAGUCAAGAAGCAAUAAGCGACGGCGGGAUAGUAGAGAGCAGGCCGGAAACGGGGCGAACGGUACUGCUAGGCAGGGGCAGAGCAACUGGGAGCUUGGGGUUGACGACAAGGGGAUCCCCAGGAGCGACUCUUUACUUCACACUGCUCACGAGCCCCUCCCCGUGAAAGUGGAGGGCGAUGUCCCUGGGGUUCUGCAGCCUGAGACUUCCCGCGAGGAGCGAGGCGUUGCUGAGGAUAAUUUCUCUUCCAACGGAUUGGGUUGGUGCAAAGGGACGGAGGGCGGGUCACAAUUACCCUUCGAGCCGGGAAUGGGCGAAGAUCCAAAAGCAGCGUUAGUCUUCACAAGAGACGGAAAGCUGCAGCAGAUUAGCACGCUUCUUUAG